CUCUCUCUCUUCACGGCUUUCUUAAAUUGCUCACACGAAGCAGCUGCCUAAAUCUUCUCUCUUUCUCUAACGCAUCAUCUGAUUGGUCUCAUUGGGAUUGAUUCACUUGAUCCUUUUGCACAUUGCGUUUUAGUUCUUCCGUCUUGGUAGUCAUUUCCACAUUCUGUAGUGCUCAGCGCCAAACUUCCUUCACCCGAGGACAAAAUCUUCGAAUCGGUGAGAUAUUUGCCUUCUUUUUUUCUCAGCCACAGAUUAAAUUUCCUGAGUUUCAUUCCUGGAGCCUAAGGGGAAUUCGUUUCCUGGGAGAGAAUCGAACGGAGGCUUUUUGUAUAUUCGUAGUCUAAGGGUUUUAGAUUUUGUGGGGAAAGACUGAAACUUUCUUUCCCCGUGAAUGGUAAAGCGGUGAGAUGUCGUCUGGGUUCGUGGGUGUUCUCGUUUCAGAUCCAUGGCUGCAGAACCAGUUCACGCAACUGGAACUUCUGACUCUCCAUUCCAAGUUCGUGUCUUUGAAGAAUCAGAGUGGAAAGAUCACUACUGAUGAUCUCCCUCCUCUUUUGGCUACGCUAAUGGCACUUAGUGCUUCAUUUAAGGAGGACGAAAUCAGGGGGAUGCUAUGUGAAUUGUGUUCUGAUAUAAGCAGUGAUGUGGAUUUUGAAGAGUUUCUCAAGAUAUAUCUCAAGUUGCUAAGUAAAGCAGCUGAGAAACCUGGUGGUCAUAAGAACUCAUCCUCGUUUCUUAAAGCUUGUACAACGACACUUCUUCACACGAUAUUUCAGUCGGAGAAGAGUUCUUUUAUUCAGCAUAUCAACAGAUAUCUUGGGGAUGACCCCUUUUUGAAGCAGUUCCUUCCUCUUGACCCAGAUUCUAAUGAUUUGUAUGAACUUGUGAAAGAUGGCGUACUUCUGUGUAAGCUUAUAAAUGUAGCAGUUCCCGGGACAAUAGAUGAACGCGCAAUCAACACGAAGAGUGUACUUAACCCAUGGGAGAGAAAUGAGAAUCACACGCUUUGUCUAAACUCUGCGAAAGCCAUUGGAUGCACUGUUGUUAAUAUUGGGACACAGGACCUAGCCGAAGGACGGCCUCACCUGGUGCUUGGAUUGAUUUCACAACUCAUAAAGAUUCAACUACUCGCUGAUCUCAAUUUAAAGAAGACGCCUCAGCUGGUUGAGUUGGUUGAAGACAGCGAUGAUGUCGAGGAGUUGCUGAGAUUACCCCCUGAGAAAGUCUUACUUAAAUGGAUGAACUUCCAUCUUAAGAAAGGAGGUUACAAGAAAACUGUCUCAAACUUUUCUGCGGAUCUGAAGGAUGCACAAGCCUAUACCUUUCUGCUCAAUGUUCUCGCACCUGAACACUGUGACCCGGGUACACUAGAUGCAAAGGAUCCUCUUGAAAGGGCUGAACUGGUUCUCAGUCAUGCAGAGAGAAUGAACUGCAAGCGAUACUUGACUGCAGAAGAGAUCGUUGAAGGAUCUCCAACUCUGAAUCUUGCAUUUGUGGCACAAAUUUUCCAUGAAAGGAACGGCCUAAACACGGAUGGUAAGUAUUCAUUUGCAGAGAUGAUGACCGAAGAUGUACAGACUUCUAGAGAUGAACGAUGCUACCGGCUAUGGAUCAACAGCCUCGGGAUUGACAGUUAUGUCAAUAAUGUAUUUGAAGAUGUUAGAAAUGGAUGGAUUCUUCUGGAGGUUCUUGACAAGAUCUCUCCCGGUUCUGUCAACUGGAAGCAUGCUUCCAAACCGCCGAUUAAGAUGCUGUUUAGAAAAGUAGAGAACUGCAAUCAGGUCGUAAAGAUCGGGAAACAGAUGAAAUUCUCACUUGUAAAUGUAGCUGGAAAUGACAUAGUUCAAGGGAAUACGAAACUUAUUCUUGGUCUCUUAUGGCAGUUGAUGAGAUUCCAUAUGCUCCAACUUCUUAAGAGUCUCAGAUCUCGGACACGAGGUAAAGAGAUGACUGAUGCAGAUAUCCUCAGCUGGGCCAACAGGAAAGUAAGAACCAUGGGGCGAAAAUCGCACAUCGAGAGUUUCAAGGACAAGAGUCUAUCAAGUGGGUUAUUCUUCCUUGACCUUCUAUGGGCAGUCGAGCCAAGAGUUGUAAACUGGAAUCUUGUCACCAAGGGUGAAACAGAUGAUGAGAAGAGGUUGAAUGCUACAUACAUAGUUAGCGUCGCAAGAAAGCUCGGUUGUUCAGUUUUCUUGUUGCCUGAAGAUAUCCUGGAGGUGAAUCAGAAGAUGAUCCUAAUAUUGACGGCAAGUAUAAUGUACUGGAGUCUUCAGAGACGUUCACCGGAGAGUUCAGAUUCUUCCUCAACUCAGAGCACUACCACGACGUGCACCAGCACAGGGGAGUCCCCUGCUCCAUCUGUCACUGAAGAGGAAGAAGUUUCCUCAUUGAGGGGCGAAGUAUCGAGCUUGGCCGUUAAUGAUAACGAUGCAGAUGCGGUUUCAGACAUCACCACUGUCUCAGAGGAGACAGCCAUCGAAUAGAUAGAGCGAGAUAUAUAUGAAUCUUUUGCUAGAGCAGAAUAGGUUUUGUAAUAGUGACUUCUCUGUAAUCUGUUAUUUGUGGAUUUUUGUAUAUGCUCCCUUUACAAAUAAAAUAAAACAUUUUGACCCUCCAAAAAA